AUGGAGACUGUAAAUAGAAAGAGAAGUGCCGUGUGGAACCAUUUUAUGGAAAACGGACCUAAAAAGGCAAGAUGUUCUUAUUGUUCUAAUGAAUUAUCAGUGUCUGGUGGUAAUGUAGGAAACCUUAACAGGCACUUAAGAACGAAGCACCCCACAAUUAAGUUGGUUGAAGAAAGGCAACAGCAACAGCUUAAUGGAUCUGCAGGCCCAGAGCCCCACAUACGUCCAGUUGCCAGUAUAGAAACUCAAGAUCUACCUCGGGCUACUUCUUCAUCUAGUCAGCCAUCUAUACAAAAUUACACUCAAAGCACGAAGCCGUUACCAUCACGGCGUGCCGAGCAAAUCGACGAGCAGCUGGUAAAAAUGAUUGCUAAGGGGCACUACCCCUUCUCUAUGGUCGAAGAUGAUGAAUCCAAAAAAUUGAGUUCCCUGCUUAACCCACAGUAUGCACUCCCAACACGAAAAACCAUAUCGGAAAGUAUUUUGCCCAAAUUAUAUAAUAAAUGCAUAGAAAAGGUUAAAAGUGAGGUCCAAGUAAAGGGACAAGCUUUCUGUUUGACAACAGAUGGUUGGACCUCAAUAAACAAUGAUAGUUUUAUAGCCCUGACUUUACAUUAUAUUAGCACCACAUCGGAUGAAACUAAAUUGAAGUCUGAUUUAAUCGGUUGUGUUGAAUAUAAUGAACGACACACAAGCGAAAAUUUAAAAGCCUUUCUAUGCGAUGUAAUGGCAGAAUGGAAUACAGCCGACUAUACAACAGCUAUUGCGAGUGACAAUGGAAUGGAGAAUUGCGAAUGA